UUCAGUCAUAGCACUUUGUGCCGAUCAUCAGAACAAGUGAGGUGAAGGAGCCGUCCGCUGAGCAUGGUUUACUAUCGAAAUAAACUAUGGCUAUCGAUAUCUUCACCGUGAGCUGCGCAUGUAUCCUACUUUCGGCACCACUGGUUCAUCCUAUUGUUCUGCCAAAGAAACCAGUUUUAUCUGGAUUUGAACCUGCUGCUAUCGGCUCCUACCGUGAACUCGUCUGUGAUGCGUCUCAACCUGAUGCCGGGACCAUAACGUAUCAAUGGUAUACAUACUCGAUUGCUAAUGGUGUAGAGAAUUGGGAACCCAAAGGACCCAUUGGUACAAGUCAGAAGUAUAUCUUUAAUCCAGUGACUGAGAAGAAAGUGUUCCACCCAGGUACCCCGGCAGAGCCUGUCAGUGGCAAGUACCUGUGUCGAGCAUCGAACUCGGUCGGAACAAGAGACAGCGAAUGGGGAGAUCUGUAUGUCUAUACACCAUGUUCAUUGUUUACUGUGAGUGUUUCACCACCCAAACCUGCCAUCGGAAGUACAUUCACCCUCAACUGUUACAUACCCAAUCCAAGUGGGUUUACUGUGAAGUGGUUAAAGAGGAAUGAUACUUCAUCUCCAGUUGAAGAUGUAGCUGCAGCGAAUAAGAAGGGAUGCCAAGCUCCAAGUAACCCACGCUACAGUUGGAGCAGCUGUAGUCCACCAAGCAUCACAUCACUGACAAAGACAUUCAAUCUACAAGUCACCAAUGCUCAGCCUUCUGAUUCUGGUUACUGGAUUUGUCAGGAUGUUAGUCUGAGCUGCUGGAGUGACCCAGUCAAGCCAGUGGUGCAAGCGCCGCCAGGCACACCACAGAUCCGCGGGUUCCCAUCUGGACCAGUCAUUGCUGGAACACUCAACUUGAAGUGUGUAGCCUCGCCUCCUGGAGAUACCUACGAUUGGUACAAAGAUGGUACACUGGUUACAACAUCAUCAAGUUACGACUUCCAAGUGACGAAGGAGAGUGCUGGUGUUUACAAGUGUGUGGCGAGAAAUGCUGUCGGGUCUGCCAGUAGCACAGACAAGACACUGGUUGUUUAUUACAAACCUGAUUCCGUUGACGUGUCAUCUGGAAAGACCUCAUCCUAUGUUGGGGAGACCGACAAGUUCACCUGCACAGUCUCUGGCGGCAACCCCACCCCGACCGUGAAGCUGUAUUUCAAGAGGUUAGGCCGAACACCAGUAGAGGUCACCCAAAGUCAUGAUAGGGUGAUGGCUAAAGAAGACAACCAGGCUGAGUACUACUGCGAGGCGAAGGUCACUGGGUAUCCCGCCCUCGAUAUGACUUCAAGCAGGAAGACAUACAGCGUAACAUUUUCAAACACCAAGGUUUCCUUUCUCAAUAACCCGACCGCUGCUGUCCAGGUUGGUCAGGUUAAGAAGUUCACAUGUGAGACGGAUGAGAGUAACCCAGUUACCUACAUCAAGUGGUAUCAAUAUAGUACUGGUUCUUCGCGGCGAAAUGUCACAACCGGAAUCUCAUUAUCCGAGAGGAAUGGUGCGUAUGGUGGAAUGAUCAGGAUCAGUGAGUGGUCUGUAACUGCAACAAAGGCAAUGGAUGGUGGAACGAUAAGAUGUAUGUCCACCUACUCCCUGACUGGUCAUGACUUUACGACGAAUGCCGAUACUGCAAUGUAUGUAAAAUACAAACCUGAUUCCGUUGACGUGUCAUCUGGAAAGACCUCAUCCUAUGUUGGGGAGACCGACAAGUUCACCUGCACAGUCUCUGGCGGCAACCCCACCGUGAAGCUGUAUUUCAAGAGGUCAGGUGGAACACCAGUAGAGGUCACCCAAGGUCAAGACAGGGUGAUGGCUAAAGAAGACAACCAGGCUGAGUACUACUGCGAGGCGAUGGUCACUGGGUAUCCCGCCUUCGAUAUGACUUCAAGCAGGAAGACAUACAACGUAACAUUUUCAAACACCAAGGUUUCCUUUCUCAAUAACCCGACCGCUGCUGUCCAGGCUGGUCAGGUAAAGAAGUUCACAUGUGAGACGGACGAGAGUAACCCAGUUACCGACAUCAAGUGGUAUCAACAUAGUACUGGUUCUUCGUGGCGAAAUGUCACAACCGGAAUCUCAUUAUCCGAGAGGAAUGGUGCGUAUGGUGGAAAGAUCAGGAUCAGUGAGUGGUCUGUAACUGCAACAAAGGCAAUGAAUGGUGAAACUGUAAGAUGUGCGUCCACCUACUCCCUGACUGGUCAUGACUUAAUGACAAAGGCCGAUACCACAAUGUAUGUAAAAUUUAACCCAUCAAAUAUAACUUUGCUACAAAUACCACCGACAGUGAUCUACGAGGGGAAACUGAUCACGAUCAUCUGUGAGGCAGACAGCGCCAACCCGGUUGCGAAUGUAACGUUCCACCGGAAAAGGACAGGAGGAACCUGGGAGCAACUGGCGUCGGGAAUAACAUCUGUAGUUAGAGCGGCAGAAUACAAGGGCAAGAUUCGAAACAGUACUUUGGUUGUGACAGCCAAUAGGUUGGACACACAGACUGUGUUCAAAUGCGAGGUUCGUGAUGGGUCAUUCCAGAUGGAACAGACAACUACAGUUAAUGUAUAUUACCCAGCAAACGUCGUAUUAUCAUUAGCCUCGACUACAGUGAAAGAAGGCGAUACUGUCACAUUGACAUGUGAAGCAAGAGGGGGUAACCCGACAUCGUACACCUACAUAUGGUAUUAUAACUGGAUACAAAUACCGAAUAUGACUUCAAGACAAUACAGAAUAUCAUCAAUACAGUACAACAGGAGUGGAGAGUAUCGCUGUCGUGCGGUCAACUAUUCUCCAGGCGGCAUAGCUGAUGCAAUAUUAAAAUUGGAUGUUUUAUACAAAGCAAAAUGGGAUCCCAAACUGCCGAGACUCCUCACCGUUGCGAGCAAACCAUUACGACCAGUCAGGUUUACACUCCAUGUCAUCGCCAACCCUCGACCAACGAAUGUUACGUGGUAUCACCCAAAUCACAAGAUGGCAACUGGGGAAAGCUUCAUCCCCGGGGAAGAAAGUGGGACAUACACACUGAGCAAAGGAUCUGUAGGGACUCCAGACUAUGGAAACUACACCGUCAAAGUGACUAAUUCUGUUGGAAUGACAUAUUUUGUUUUUGAGCUGCUACGGCCAGGUCCGCCACGCAUUCCCUGCUGUAUGAAAUCCCACCGAGUUACAGCAGUAUCAGUGACCUUGAUCUUUAAGAGUAACUUCAAUGGCGGAUCACAACAGCAGUUCACCAUCGAGAGCAAAAACGGAAGCACCAUCGACAGAUACAUCAAUAUAGCAGACCCGGGCUUUGCGAAAGAUGUAGUGAGAAAAAUAGCAGGACUGAAGAGCAAUUCGAUGUAUGAAUUCCGGGUGAAAGCGGACAACGAAUAUGGUAGCAGUGGCUAUGGGGGCGUACUUACAGUACACACACCAGCUGCUCCAAGUAUCCCCACAUUUACGAUCACUCGGAAAGGACUAUCGUUGACCGUGGUGUUCUCGGCGUCUAUGACAGGGCCCUUCACCAAGUUUGAACUCAAGUUCUGUGGGCCGGGGCGGACGCCAAAAACGACAGGAUGCACUGGAUCUUUCGUCCCUAUCCAAGAUUCUGCAAAAACAAAUUACACAAUUCAUGUGACACAUGCGACAACGACUUAUGUCUUCUAUUUGGAUUUUUAUGAUGGGGAUGAUGUUGUUUAUAGUUCAGGUCCUGUGCACCCUGAGAAUGUUGGACGAACAACGACCGUGCCUGCUGGAAGUAGUCCUGAUGAUGGCAUGAUAGCUGGUGUGGUUGUUGCCGUCGUCAUAGUUGUAGCUGUGGUCGUGGUCGUGGUUGUCGUUCUACAUAGGAGCAAUAUGGCAUGCUUCGCUGGGCGAAAUAAACCUGAAGGAUCUAAUCGGGGCGAUGAGAGAAUUGGCACUCCGCAACCUGAAUCCGUUUUUCACGUCAACAGGGCAUUUGAAGGUGACGAUACUCAACCUGAGCCGGUUUAUGUGAAUGAUCCUAAACAGGAUUUUGUUAAAGAAGUGAUCUACGAUGAUGUGAAUCUGACCGGGAAGCCAAGUGGCGAAGAUGCUGCUCGGAAAAUCGAAGAUAUGUCAGUCAAAGAUUUCAAACAGUGGCUCCAUUCAAAAUACGUGACAGAAUCAACUUACGAACGACUAGCUAAGAACGGGUUCAACGAGGCAAGGUUCUUCGUCAUAUUACAAAGAGAAGACGACAUCAAGGAGAUGCAUAUCAAGCCCUUGGCUCAGGAGGCCUUGAUACGCAAAUUGGUGAAGGAUAUCAAUGAGACCAGGCAGAGUACGAGUGAGAGCAGCGAAGGAAAGAAACCUGGAGGUCCCACAGCUGGAGAAGAAAAUCCGUAUGAUGAAAUGGAAAAUCAAUAUGCCGCCUUGGACAUCAAGCCUGAUGUGACCGCCAACCAGACGUAUGCUGAAUUGAAGCCAUUAGCAUGAAGCCAGAAAAUGGAGAUGUUAAGCGGUCACUAUAAAGCGGUUUGUGUCGGUCACACAGAAAAUAGAAAAAAAGCCUUCUGUUACCAUGAUUCAAGAGGUCAGCAAAGGUGCUUCACAACCAGAUAACUCUCAGAUGAUAUAUUUUUCCUGGGAUGUAGACCUGUAUACAUUGUUCCUGUUCCUACUUCAUCAGCAUGGUGUAUGGACAUUAAGAAGCAUGACAUAUAAUCAUGCUCAAGCCAAAAAAAUCGAACUCUGUGUCUUGAAGUGGACGAAAAUGGCUUAUUAUGUCUUCCUUUCUUUCAUUUGGUUUCAACUGAAAAUGUAGUACCAGGACUUUGAGCAGCUUACAGCAGAUGAUCAUGAGGUCGUUGCAAAAACACCUUCGGUAUUCAAAGGAAUGCAAUCCAUUUGCACACACAUACAUACUGCUUCAUGUUUGUUCUCCCCCUUUGUUUCGUUUAGGAAUACGCAUUAUUCAAAAUACGAAAUGUGUACAUGGAGUAAAUAUUUGUAAAAUAAGGUAGAACCUCUCUAUUAAGGACACUGUUGGGACUGACAAAUACUGUCCUUAAUAGAGAGGUGUCCGGAUAAGAGAGGUCAAAUUGAAUUGUUGCAACCAAUUUGGGACUUAAAGUAGUGUCCAUAAUAGAGAGGUGUCCACUAAGGGAAGUUCCACUAUACUAAGAUAGCAGAAAUUGGUAUGUUAGCCAAUACGUUUUCCCAUUCAGUAUAUCAAUUUACCUAUUCAAGAAAAAUCGUGUUCAAAAUCAUCAGUUGUGUAUACUUGUCAUCUAUAGUAGUGAAUAAAACUUGUGUGUACAUUAAUUAGGCAAACUCUAAUAUUCAUAUAACUUGAUUUGUUUUAUAUGUUUGCAUAUGUAAAAUGUAUGUCUCGUGCACACUGAUGUACACAAAACUCUC